ACGCGCUAAAAAAAAGAGAAAAGGAGAUUUUUGUUGCCAAAUUACUUAAUAUGAGAUUUUUGAGAGUUAUUUUAUGGUUUUCUAAGAAACAAGCACUAAAUACCAUUUAACGAUUAAGCACUUAAUACCAUUAGUCGUUGUUCGCUAAAGGAUUGAGUGGAAUCAGAUAUUAUGAGAUGUUUUAAAAAUGGACCGAAAAUCGCUAUGCAAUUUAAGGACGAAUCUUUAUAAAUUCGUUGUUAGUUCUACAUACUCCGCAUGUAGAGAACUGUUAUUACCGAUUAUCCAUGUUCAUGUGUAUCACACAGUUAUAGCUGAUAAAGAAUUGUGUAAAUGAUAAGCGCAUUUUGUGUCGAGUUCUGUUCUGUUUCAUUUAAAACGUAGCACAAGAAAGAGGCAGAGUAAUAAGCGGUAUCUUCACCACCGCUAAGGAAAUUAUAAGGGGCUUUUGAAACAUAAAUAUUAUAUACACUUAUUGAGUACAAAGCUUCUAAUAAUAAAUAAUAAUCAUUUGCUCACAAUUUUAUUACUUUCUUAUUUUGAAACGAUAGGCCAUGUGCGCGACUCUUCAAUCUGAUUGGAAGUGAACUCGGUUUUUGUUACCAAUUUCCAUUAAUUGUAAGAUGUAUACUAUAUUUAAUAUCAAAGAUAUCCCUGCACGAUGACGUUAUAAGGGAAUCUCUAUCUUCUCUCCUGUGAUAAAUAAAAAAAGGAAGGUGGCAGUAUUAGUCGAAUUUGAAUUGAAUCUUUUUUUUUCUUGGAGAGUGAAAUCCCAAAAAAAAUGACCACGUGGUUGAUGGACAGCACCUUUUGAGAGUAUUUUUUGGUUAAAAAUGUUCUUCAGAAUAAUUUCAACAACAGGAUCGGAUUAAAUGUGCAAACAAAAAUGUGUUUUUUUGGGUUCAAUUUAAUAGAAUCAUGAUUGGCCACGACAACCAUUCUCAAGUAAUUAUUAUUAUAUCUUAAAUUAUUGUUUUUCUAUAUUCUAUCUUAAACUAUUGUCUUGUUUUAAUAAAAAAAAUCUUUUUGAUGGACAAUAAUUAUGGAUUCAUGCGGCAAACAAAAAUGAAAUUCUUUUGAAUGUGUUUCAAAUAUUGUAAAUUUUACAACAGUCAUUGGUAAUUCCGAAUAGUUUACAAAGAUCACUACUUGAAUUGUGGACCACACGUUUCGUAUCACCGGUUUAUAACUAAUUUUCUUUUGAUAUUUGUGCUUAAUAGUAGAAAAUGAUUGUCAAUUAUGGAAAUUCCAUAAAAAAUAGUAGAUUAUUCCCAAAAUAUAUUGUCUGCUAAGCUACAAGAACGGACAUGUAACUUCAAAGUGGAUUAUCAAUCUUUUUUUUUCAAUUAUUAACAAAAACAGCACGUUCGGGUACAUUUGGAAAACGAUAAGGUAACUGAUAGACAAAGUUUCCAGGAUAUUGGAGCUCAAGCACCCACUACUCCACAAAACGAGAAACGUGCUGUAUCAUUUGCGUUCCAUGCGUGACAAUGGUAGCAUUUGUUUUAGCAGCAUAACUGUCUAGCUUAUAUAAGAUAGUUUCGAACCAUCGCACACGUUCAGUGAUCGACUAGCCAUGUGGCGGCUAUUACUGGUUCUGCCACUGGUCAACCAGUUGAUGGCAGGAUACACCAUUAUCGAGAACCCACCGAUAACGACUUGUGAUCAGUGCGGCGCCAACGAAGAGAUCCGCGAAGUUCUACCGUGUUGUGAACCGACCUGCGACAACGACUGCUCAAGGGCAGACUGUAGUGGAAAACCUAUAUUUGUACCAUCCUGCGUCUGCCAAUCGGGAUUUAUUCGUCAUAAUGGAGAGUGCAUUUGUCCAUCACAGUGUCCUGCGACCGAGGAACCUUUGUGUUCAUGUCCACCGAACGAGGAGCUUCAACCUACGCCACCGUGCUGUGAACCAACCUGCGGAAACAACUGCACUGAAGAGUGUCGAGUUGAGCUGGUCAAUCAACCGACAUGUGUUUGCAUGCCGGGUUACGUACGACACGAUGGCAGCUGUAUCAAGGCAGACCAAUGUCCAACGUGUGGUCCGUAUGCGAGGUAUAGCGAUUGCACGCCCUGUUGCGAAUCCACCUGUACCAUGGACUGUUCCGUAGUGUUGUGUUUGGCUGGAUGCACAGGACCUCCAACUUGCCUGUGUCAACCGGGUUAUGUGAAGCACAACGGGGUUUGCAUAAGAAGUGAAAUGUGUCCAAAGGAGGACGAUUCAACAGAACCACCAUUGAGUAAUAGUAACGACUAUGGAAUGCGUCCAAGUGUGAACAUUGGGGCAGAUGUGCCAUUUGUAAGAUACCCAGGGAUAAAUUCCAAAUAAAGAAAUUAUGUUUAAGUUU